AUAGUAGAUAACAAGAUUAUAAUAUUAGUUUCUUAUAGUAAAGCCACCACACUGUAAGUAACAAGAUGGUUGGAAAAUUAAUAUGUUUGGUGGUUUUUAUUGGUGUUGUGGCGGGAGAAAAAUAUGUUUUUGAAUUUGGUAUUGACCAAGGACUAGUAUUAUGUAGCGAAGCAGGAAACGUUGGGGCUUUCGAAUAUAAUAAAAAAAUAAAUCUACCCAUACCAAUGGGAACAAAAGUCACUUAUGUAAAAGUAAUAGUGGACGCCUUUGCUCCACCUAAGGUUGAAUUUGAUUCAACAUAUAACCAAGUUAAACUCAAAUAUUCUCUUUUACAAAUAACAUUUUCCAGCUACCAAAUUAUUGCCAAGGGUGUGUCGAUCGUUUAGAUAAUUGAAACGUGACACCUGUAGUGUUGCAUACGUCUAUAAGCUACAGUGAUUGAUCGUUUACCAUCAGAAAGGCUGUAUGCUUGAUUGCCACCUUGGUGUUAUAAAAAAAAAUUGGAAACCUCUGCUACAAUUUUUUUUUGUCUAUUUUAUUCAAUUUAUACCGCAUACAUAAUUUAUAAAGUAAUUAAUUAGUUAUUAAUUUUACACACGAUAAUAAUACUUUUAAAAUUAAUGUCUAAAUAGUAAUUUCAAUAAUAAUAAUAUGUAAUCUUUUGCAGUAAGUUAUAAAAAGUAUAUAUUUCUCUAAAUGAGUAUUGUAAGUAACCGAAUUGUAUAAAAUUCAUUUUGUAUAUAUUUAUUUUUUAAAUAAAAAGUAAUGUAAAUCUACUAUUAAUUUAUCAAUAUAUUGUAUUUAUUAACUACUAAUAAAUUACUUCAAUUGA